AUGGCCGACCAGUUUGUGGAGGUGCCCGGGGGCAAGAACGUGAACAACUACGCCAACGUCGGCCUCAUCACGUCGGUGGCGGUGCGCACCGGCGUGGACGCUGUCUGGCCUGGCUGGGGCCACGCGUCGGAGAUGCCGGAGCUGCCUGACGCACUGGACGCGACUCCGACCUGCAUCCGCUUCAUCGGCCCGCCCUCCGGCCCGAUGGCGGCGCUGGGGGACAAGGUGGGGUCCACCAUCCUGGCCCAGGCAGCGGGCGUGCCCACCCUGGCCUGGUCCGGGUCCGGGGUCAGCAUCGCCUACCGCGACUGCCCCGGCGGCGAGAUCCCGGCGGCCACCUACGCGGCAGCCUGCGUGUCCGGGUUGGACGCCGCGCUGGCCUCCUGCGAGGCCAUCGGCUACCCCGCCAUGCUCAAGGCGUCGUGGGGCGGGGGCGGCAAGGGCAUCCGCCGCGUGCUGAACGCGGAGGACGUGCGCGCCGCCUUCCCCCAGGUGCAGGGCGAGGUGCCUGGGUCGCCGGUGUUCGCCAUGCGCCUGGCGCCCCAGAGCCGGCACCUGGAGGUGCAGCUGCUGGCGGACCGGCACGGGGCUGUGGCCUCCCUCUUCUCCCGCGACUGCUCCGUCCAGCGCCGGCACCAGAAGAUCGUGGAGGAGGGCCCCGUCACCGCCGCCCCGGCCGCCGUGCUGGAGGACAUGGAGGCGCGGGCGCGCGCGCUGGCGCGCGCUGUGGGCUACGUCGGCGCGGCCACCGUGGAGUACCUGUACCUGGUGGAGAGCGGGGAGUACGCCUUCCUGGAGCUGAACCCGCGGCUGCAGGUUGAGCACCCCGUGACGGAGUGGAUCGCCGGGGUCAACAUCCCCGCCGCCCAGCUGCUCAUCGCGGCGGGGGUGCCCCUGCACCGCCUCCCCGACCUGCGCGCGCUGUACGGCGCCGACCCCGCGGGGGACUCACCCAUCGACUUUGAGGGCCCCGGCCGCCGCCCGCCGGCGGGCCACGUCGUGGCGGUCCGCAUCACGGCCGAGAACGCGCACGACGGCUUCAAGCCCACCGCGGGCGCGAUCGACGAGGUGUCCUUCCGCUCCACGCCCGACGUCUGGGGCUACUUCUCGGUCAAGGCCGGGUCGGCGGUGCACGAGUUUGCCGACUCCCAGUUCGGCCACCUGUUCGCGCGCGGGGAUUGCCGGGAGGCCGCCAUCCGCGCCAUGGUGGUGGCGCUGAAGGAGGUCAAGAUCCGGGGCGAGAUCCACACCCCCGUGGACUACGUGGCCGACAUGAUCCAGAGCCCCGACUUCCUGGGCAAUGCACACCACACGGGCUGGCUGGACGCCCGCAUCGCGGCCCAGGUCCGCGCCCAGCGCCCGCCCUGGCACCUGGUGGUGGCGGCGGGGGCGGUGCUGCGCGCCACGCAGCGCGUCGCCGCGCGCGCCGCCGAGUUCCUGGCCUUCCUGCAGAAGGGCCAGCUGCCGCCGGACCGCGUGUCCCUCAUCCACCUGACCGAGGAGUUUGUGGUGGACGGCGUCAAGUACGCGGUGGACGUGCGGCGGCGCGGGCCACAGGCCUACCGCCUGACGCUGGGCGGCGUGGGCGUGGACGCCACCGCGCGCACGCUCAAGGACGGCGGCCUGCUGCUGCAGCUGGACGGGCAGGCCCACGUGCUGCACGCGGAGGAGGAGGCCCUGGGCACACGCAUCACCCGCCGCGCGCUGAGCACGUACAUCAAGCGCAUCUAUUUCCCUUCCAUGCUGCACGAGCCCGAGCUGACGGGCCUGGGCGCACGCGGGUCGCUGGCCGCGGCGCUGGCCGAGGCGGUGCACCUGCGCGCGCAGACGGGCAUGGCGGGGCUGGCGGAGGGCGUGCUGCACGUCGCGCUGACGGGGGAGCCCGGCGCGGCGCUGGCGCUGAGCCCCGAGGCCCAGGCCGCGCUGGGCACCAUCGGCACGGCUGACUACGCACCGCCCUGCGCCGACGAGGACGCGGAGCCGGGCGUGCCUGACCCCUCGGUGGUCGCCGCCAGCGCGGCGGCAGCGCUGGCGGCGCUGGCGCCACGCCUGGCCGCCGCCGGCUUCCUGGCGGUCAGCUUCCUGGCGCGGCGCGGCGGGCUGGCGCCGCUGCGGGAGCUGGUGCCGGACGCCGAGCUGAACGGGUACGAGGGUGGCUCCGGGAGGAUCUCGCUGGUCCAGCGCCCGCCCUCGCGCAACGACGUCGGCGUCGUGGCCUGGCUGCUGACGCUGCGCACGCCCGAGUGCCCGCGCGGGCGCCAGCUGGUGGCCGUGGCCAACGACAUCACCUUCAACUCGGGGUCGUUCGGGCCGCGCGAGGACGCCUUCUUCAAGGCCGCCACCGAGUUCGCGCUGGAGGAGCGCCUGCCCCUGGUGUACCUGGCCGCCAACUCCGGCGCGCGCGUGGGCCUGGCCGAGGAGGUCAAGCGGUGCCUCAGGGUGGAGUGGAACGUUGCGGGGGAGCCCACCCGCGGCUUCAAGUACCUGUACCUGGACGAGGCCGACCACGCCGACCUGCUGGCGCGCGCGCCCCCCGACGCGCCCCCCCUUGCGUCCACGCCGCUGGACCACCCCGGCGGCCGGCGCCACGUCCUGCGCGAUGUCGUCGGGCUGGAGGACGGGCUGGGCGUGGAGUGCCUGUCUGGGUCGGGGGCCAUCGCGGGGGCCUACGCACGCGCCUUCCGCGAGGGCUGGACCCUGACCCUGGUGUCGGGGCGCAGCGUGGGCAUCGGCGCCUACCUGGCGCGCCUGGGGCGGCGCUGCGUGCAGCGCCGGGAGCAGCCCAUCAUCCUCACCGGCUACGCCGCGCUGAACAAGCUGCUGGGGCGCGAAGUUUACACCAGCCAGCAGCAGCUGGGCGGGCCGCGCGUGAUGGGCGCCAACGGCGUCAGCCACCACGUGGUCGAGGACGACCUGGCGGGGGCCGGCUGGGCGCGCACCGUGGUCACCGGCCGCGCGCGCCUGGGCGGCCUGCCCGUGGGUGUGGUGGCGGUGGAGGUGGGCACGGUCACGCUGCACGUGCCCGCCGACCCGGGCAUGCCCGACUCCGCGGAGCGCAUGAUCCCGCAGGCGGGCCAGGUGUGGUACCCGGACUCCGCGCUGAAGACUGCGCAGGCCAUCGAGGAGUUUGGCCUGGAGGGCCUGCCCCUCUUCAUCCUGGCCAACUGGCGCGGCUUCUCCGGCGGCCAGCGCGACCUGUUUGAGGGCGUGCUGCAGGCCGGGUCGCAGAUCGUGGAGGCGCUGCGCACCUACCGCCACCCCGUCACCGUCUACCUGGGGCCCGGGUGCGAGCUGCGCGGGGGGGCCUGGGUGGUGGUGGACUCCCAGAUCAACCCCGCAGCCAUCGAGAUGUACGCCGACCCCACAGCACAGGGGGCGGUGCUGGAGCCACAGGGCGUGGUGGAGAUCAAGUUCAGGAACGCGGAGCUGAUUGCCGCCAUGCACCGCCUGGACUCCAAGCUGGCGGAGAUCAAGAAGGAGGGAGGCACCAAGGCGGCCGGGGCCGUCAAGGCCCGGGAGGCGGAGCUGCUGCCGGUGUAUAAGCAGGUCGCCGAGCAGUUUGCGCAGAUGCACGACGGACCCGUCCGCAUGCUGGCCAAGGGCGUCAUCCGCGGCAUCGUGCCCUGGGCCUCCUCCCGCGCCUUCUUCGCUGCGCGCCUGCGCCGCAGGCUGGCGCAGGAGUCGCUGGUGCGCCAGGUGGCGGCCGCGGACGCGGAGCUGUCCCCCGGCGAGGCCCUCGCCCGCCUGCGCUCCUGGUUCCUGUCCUCCCCCCUGCCUGCCGCGGACGCGCUGGGCGAGGCUGCCUCCCGCGGGACCGUGCUGGCGCGGGCCGUGGACGACGCGGAGGCGCUGUGGCGCGACGACGCGCGCUUCCUCGCCUGGGCGGAGGCGGAGGCCGGCGCCUCUCGCAUCGCCAUGGAGCUCAAGGCGCUGCGCACGGGCGUCGCAAUGCGGAGCGUGGAGGAGCUGUGCCAGACGCCGGAGGGCACCCUGGGGCUGGUGAGGGGUCUGGACGACGCCAUCAAGUCCAACCCCGCCCUCUUGCUGCAGCUGCGCAGCCUGCUGAAGUGA